UGAAAAUGUAUUCAUUAAUGUUUCAAGUGGAAGCAUACAGUGAAUGUCUAUGUUUCACUGCUGCAUGUUGGGAUUGAGUUGAGGGUCACGUUGUGGUUUAAUGGGUUUUUCAAUGCUAAAUGUGCCAACCCUUUGCAAAGUAUUGUUGGUUUUGACGUGUCUGUGCAAUCCUGCUAACUAACCAUUCCUGUCAAGUGUUAACUCUUUAAAAAUCCCACAACCAAUCAAAGCAAAUGAAUCACAACUAAUACCUUGACAUAUUUGUAACUCAAUGAAACUAAACCAAAUGUGUAUUACAGACACAAAAUGUUGUAUUUCCCUGUAUUUUAACUGAGUGAGGUAGUUGAAAUGUACAACUACUUUGUAAAUAUUGAACCAAAAUUGGAAGAAGAAAUUCCAGAAUUGUGGACAAUGGAGGAAAGGAAUUAAACAAUAGACAGGAAUCCUAAUUCCAUGUUUCUCACUGAUGUAACAAAAAAGGAAAUCACUGAUAUAGUCAAUAAUUGUAAAGCAAAAACAUCAACUGAUUGUAAUGCAAUUGAAAUGGAAACAGUAAAAAGGGUUAUCAAUGAGAUCGUAGAACUGCUGACAUAUGGUACAUCAGUAAUUUAUCAUUUCAAAGUGGAACAUUUCCUAACAAAAUGAAAAUAGCUAAAGUAGUUCAAAUUUUUUUUGUUUUGAAUUGGGUUAAAAGCCACCUAGCGAACAGGAAGCCAUAUAUAAAGCUAGAAGAAUACACAUCUGCAAGUUUAAAUAUCACGUGUAGUACCCCAGGGGUCAAUACAGGGACCAAAACUGUUCAAUUUACAUAUCAAUGACAUCUGUAAAGUGACGAAAGACUUAAAGUUGGUAUUAUUUGCGGAUAAUACUACUGCUUUUGUUCUGGGGAAAGCACACAAGAGCUAAUUUAAAAAGUCACGGAUGAAACGGCCAUAUUAAAAAGAUGGUUUGAUAAAAACAGAUUAUCCUUGAAUUUAAGUAAAACUAAAAUAAUGCUAUUUGGUAAUAGCAGAAUGGACAUGUACGACCAAAUACAAAUAGACGAAGCGGACAAUGAACGGGUGAAUGAAAAUAAAUUUCUGGGGAUCAUAAUAGAUUAAAAUAUUUCCUGGAAAUCUCAAAUCAAAAAUAUACAACAUAAGGUGGUGAAAAAUACUUCAAUAUUGAAUAAAGCAAAAUUUGUUCUUGAUCAAAAAUCACGCUCCACUCUUCACUGCUCACUGGUAUUACCAUAUCUAAGUUAUUGUGUGGAAAUAUGUGGUAAUUAACUGAAAAAGCAAUCUUCAGUCGCUAAAUGUACUGCAAAAAUUAUCAGUGAGGAUAAUCCAUAAUGCCACAUAUAGAGAACAUACAAAUCCCUUAUUUGUAAAAUUACAGAUAUUAAAACUUGCUGAUUUAGUAAAUUUUCAAACUGCUAAAAUAAUGCAUAAAGCUAACAAUAGCCGAUUACCCAAAAUGUCAUACAAUACUUUUCUACAAGAGAGGAGAAAUAUGAUGUUAGGGAAAAACUAAGCUUGAAACACUUAUAUGCGAGAACAAAGCAAAAAACCCACAGCAUUUUAGUAUGUGGAAUCAAAUUAUGGAACGGAUUGAGUAAGGAACUCAAAACGAUGCACCAAGAUGAGUGAAUUCAAGAAACAAUACAAGCAAUUGAUGUUUGCAAAAUACAGGGAAGAAGAGUCUUGAACUUGUUUGUUAUGUUUGUCUCAAUUCAUUAUUAUUUAUUUAUUAUCACACUGACUAGUAUACAUGAUUUCUAUUUAUUAGAAAAAAAAUCUAAAUAAUUACUUCAUCAUGAUUAAAAAAAACACAUAUGGAAUACAGGAAGUGAAUAAAUGUACUGCAAUAGAUGUGGAACGGAUGGGGGGGUAGAAUUAAAUAGGCUUUGCUUCUUCCUACUCCUUUUGGACAUGUGGAACUGUGAAUUGAAUUAUGUGAUGUAUUCCAUUGUAACUUGUAUGCAUGUUCAAAUAAAAUUAAACCAUUACCAUUUUAAAAUAUUUUCUCUUAACAUUUCACCCUCCGUAAUACAUCGUCAUUAUAAAUCAGCAUUUAUGGGUAUUAGUUAUUCAUAGUCAGUGUCUUUCAGAAUCCUUACACAUGACGUGCCCACUGGAUAAACCCACGUAUUGUACAAUCAACACACUGGUGUUGUUGGUAAUCCCUGCCAUUAUUACUUUCAUGCAAUCUUUUGUUGAUAGAAAAGGCAACUGUAUGUAGUUGUUCCACCUGUGAUGCAGCUAUUGCCCCAUAGUUCUUCUCUGUUGACAGUUGAUACAUGUUCUGCUUUUUGUAGACCUGUGAACUUUACUUUGGUUUCAUAAAAUUAGGAAUGUACUGACUGCUAUUUAACUUGAGUCUGACUGUGUUCAGUAGAUUCUGAACAGUGAACACCCCAAAUGUAUUGUAUUUUCAAGACUCUAAGCCACAUAGUUUUUCAUAGUUUGGCUGGUCUUGCGACUUUAAACUAAAAUAUAUACAGUAUAUAAUUUAAGAUGUUUUUAAAUGUUAAUUCAUGCUGACUAACAUGAACCGAGGAGUGAACGAUCUAAGCUUGUGAUGACUAUAUGCUGCUCCUGCCAUUCAGUAAUGUGGAAUGAGAUCGGGAGCUUGGUGAACUUGCGUACCUGUAACUUGCUUGAUUCGCUGGCUUCCAAUGUUAAUAUAGCGUAUUCAGCCUCCCUGUUAUGCUGUUGUGUAGCUGACUAACUGUGUGACCGGGCACCUAUUCAGCCUGGUGUUCUGUGUGCUGUUGUGUGGUUGAAUAACUAGAUAAGCAGAUUAAAUAACAUUUUGGGAAAUAAAUGUAGAAGUAAAUGCGACUUAUAGUCUAGUGCAACUUCUAUAUGUUUUUUCAUGACACAUUUUUUGACUGAUGCGACUUACAGUAUAGUAUAUACACUGUAUAUACUAUACUGUAAGUCGCAUUGCAUCAAAUACUGUAUAUUAUACCCAAAUACUGUAUAUUAUACAGUAUUUGGGAACAUAUGGUGAUAGUAUAUUUCUAUAGUGGCGUGAUUUCUUUUUUUUGCAUGUUGUCAUAUUUAAAUGUUUCAGAUUCAUCCAUCCAUUUUCUCUGCCGCAUAUCUACAUUAGGGUCGUGGGGGUAUGCUGGAGCCUAUCCCAGCUGACUUCGGGUGAGAGGCGGGGUACACCCUGGACUCAGCCACCGUGUGGCCCCCAUGUUUCAUACUGUUUCAAAUUUAAAUAUUAGUCAAUGACAACAAACAUGAACACAAAAUGCAAUUUUUAAAUUUAAGUUUUUAUUAUUAAGGGAGAAAAAAAUGCAAAUCUACACGGUCUUGUGUGAACGAGUGAUUGCCCCCUAAACUUAAGGGAGAAAAAAAAUGCAAAUCUACACGAUCUUGUGUGAACGACUGAUUUCCCCCUAAACCUAACUGGUUGGGCCACUUUUAGCAGCAACAUCUGCGAUCAAGCAUUUGCGAUAACUUUCAAUGAGUCUCUUACAGCGCUGUCGAGGAAUUUUGGCCCACUCAUCUUUGCAGAAUUGUUGUAAUUCAGACACACUGAAGGGUUUUCAAGCAUGACCUGCCUUUUCAAGGUAAUGCCACAUCAUCUCAAUCGGAUUCAGGCCAGGUAUUUAUUCUUAUUCUAUUUUCUUUUUUUUCUUAACUUUUUUUGACAUUGUCCUUCAGGACUUUUUGGUAAACAUUAGAAUUCAUUGUUCCAUUUAUCACAGCAAUUCUUCCAGGUCCUGAAGCAGCAAAACAUCCCCAGACCAUCACACUACCACCAAAUUUUACUGUUGGUCAACAGUCUCAUCAAGGGGUUCUUUAUUGGCAAAGAUGCUUGAAGGUGGUGACUUUUACAAUUUCACAUUUUCAAAUGACUCCAGCAAGGACCCGGUUUUACUGACUGAGGCCUUGGAUAAAUUAUGGGGGAUGACUUACCACCAAAAUCAUAAGAAUACCUCUGUCAUCCACACUAGGAACACUACUGUUACAAGAGAUGAGGAGGCCUUGAACCAAACCAUGGAAUUAGUGAAGCUGCUGAAGCAAGCUAUCUGCACCAUAGCUUUGCCAAUGAUCAACAGAACAUCCCCCAGCCCCUUCGGCAAUGAGGUGGUUGCAUUUUGCAACUCCGAUAACACUGUAUGUGAGGACCUUUUCCUGUCACUCAACAAGAUUUUGAAAGAGGAGCUGUUGACCAAUCCAGACGAGCUGGCCAAGGUGGUUUGGUCAGUGAUACUUGUGUUUCAAGAAUUGCAGAACCAGAACUCAUUGUGGGAGAGCCUUCUAGCUUUUCCUCAGCUCUUCUCUGAAGGGUCACUUGACCAGAUGUUGGACAUCGCUGAGGUCUUUCUCACCAACAUACAGGAGGUUAUGGAUGUCAUCCAGACCAAUUUCCCUGAAACGACCGAGAUGGUCUCUCCGGUGCAUCCAUUUGUUGCCGGAGCCAUCAACGCUAUCCACUAUGUUCAAAGGUGGCCUGGUAGAGAUGUGUCCCUUUCUCUUGGAGAUGUUGUGAAGUUGCACAACAAUUCAUUUGAUUAUCUGAUUGAACUGGUUUUACAAAAUGUCCGGAUACCACUUGUCCAGGCUAUGGCUUUGACGUUAGACAGAGACAUUGUGCAUUCCUACAUUUGUGACGACAGUAAUAACCCAUCGUGGCUCACAACCGCAUGUGCGACUGGUAUCGUAGACAUGCUUCUGCGCUAUAUCAGUCCAAACAAGUUGGCUCAGCAGGCUCUCUUGGCUUGGAGUAAGCAUGUUGCUCCCUAUGAUGUCUCCUUUGCCAAAGGACUGCUUCACAGUCUAAUGGGAGAUGGAUCUCCAGGGGCUGUGAGAGGCUUUAACAUCUCCAGAACCCACCGUAACGUAGAAACACAAAUGCAAAACAUUGAGGAGGAGCUGUUUUUGACAGCCGGUCAAGUGGUGCUGGAAAUCAGUGAAAUUGAUCCUGACUUGGAAAUGAUUGUUCAGAGCAUCGUAAGCGUUGGUUUUCAGUCUAUGAGAAUAACAUCUCUCUCCCUGGAUAUUGUUGGAGAAAUGAUGCACAAUGUCUUGACUGACGCCAAUCGACUUAAAAAUAUUUUUCUCACCUUGCUUACAAACCAAACUAAGGCAAGCCUUUUGAUGGACGGUGUCCGACAUAGCGCUGUGGAAGUGAUCAUGAAGAGCCUGGCAUCAGACUCUCUAACAUGUGAGGAUGCCCUGGACCCCUUUCAGUGGCUCUUGUCCACAGAGACCAUCAAGUUUGAGAUGUGGAAAGCAAUUAUUUGCCAGGACACUGACACUCUGGAGUAUCUGCUGCUGACUGACUGGAUGCCUUUGAUUGAGAAAGCACAUGAGUUGUACAGUACCUUUACUGAAGAAGAAGAAGACUACAAUGUAACUCUUCCUAUGGUUCUCUACGAGUGGCAUCAGUUGUAUAACAGCACAUUGGAAUUCGGAGCUUUCUUGGAGAGGUUCUCCUCCGACUUGGGCGAAGAUUAUUGGUUGGAUUGGAUACCAGGCAACAUAUCGGGUGAUAUUGAUGAGACUCUUCAACAAAGUCUUUUUGCUUUCAUGGUGAAUUUGGGAGAAAAAGUUGAGGCGAGUCCAUUGUGGCCUGAGCUGAAGAGCUACUUCCACAUGAUUUACUGGGUUUUCAAAUACACUCCUGGUGUCACCACUCAGCCAGCAAAUUGUUCCUUUGACAUUGAGACUCUAAACAUUGAUUGUGAUACUGGACUGGACUGGCACAAGUUUGUUCAAGGUUUCAUGGGACCUCUGAUAUUGCCAAACCAAAAUAUUCUGGUGAACUAUCUCAAAGGCACUGUCAGUCUAUUACAGACUGUGUUUGGGGACCUCAUUAUGGAUUUGACAGCAUCAUAUUUAACACAAGAAAUUAAAGGUGGAGAUGCGCUCUCUGCAUACCUGAUAAACUUGAUGAACGCCCUGCACUACUUUGUCUGCAAUGUCUCUGCACUCUCCAACCAAAACACCUCCAAUCCUGACGUCAUGGUUCCCCUUAUUAACAACCUGUUGGAGUCCACAGGUCUGAGUCCACUGUUACCGUUGCUCUUCAGCGACAGCCUGGUCAAUAUCUCUGACAUCAUUGAUGCUGCUGUGAAGCUUGGUAGAGGGAACCAGCAUAUUUUCACCUUCAAUGAGACAGACCCAACAAUGCCUGAACUGGAGAGGUUGAUCAUGCAGUUCCUCUCCUUGGAGAGUAACCUCACCAUGUCUCUCUCCUACGUCUUGGGGAACACCCUACUUACCUAUUCCAAAUACGUUGACCCAGAUGAAGUGUCCCUUAUCAGAGAAUCAUUGAAGCCUUUCACCAGUCAAACCUCAUCAGGCAUUGUAGAGGCCAUUCUUACAGCCAUGGAGGUGCUCAAGGAAGUGUUUGAUUCACAAAAUGAUGACCCAGCUAUUGUAAUCCUUUCAUAUAUCCGCCAACUUCAAGAAUUUGCGGUGUCCUUGUUUCGGCUGCGAAGAGUCCAACAUACCGUGUUGCCUGAUGGAGAAUUGAGUACAGCUCAAAUUACCGACCUCUCCCAGGUUUCCACUGACUUUCUCAACCUCCUCACACCUGAGAGUCUUUACAACCUCACACAGAUUGGCCCGGAUGCCGCUCAGGAACUGGUGAUCCAAAAAUUUCUGGCAAUCCUACCACCGGAGUUCCAAGCGGAAGCUGCUUUGUUUUUCCAAGAUUUCAAAGCUCUGCAGUAUCACUUGUCCUUAUGUGCAGCAGGGCAAAACUGUUUGGCUGGUGUCUCAGAAGUCUUCACAUUUCUGGAUAAAAUAUCUAAAUUGAUGCUUUCAGCCAACGGCAACGUCACAGUCAACAUAGCUUUAACCAACAAGUUCCUGGAGAGUGGGGAAUAUGAAGAUAUUGCAUUUGCUUUCUUCUCACUCUUGUCUCCGAGUGACACGGCCUAUAUUGGCGUAUUCAACCAGACGCUUAAUUUCAUCAGAUUGGUGAUAGAAACACCAAAUAUUACAGUGUCCCACAUCCAAAAUGCACUGAGGCAGUCAAAUGUAACCGUUGAAGAGCUAAACUACAUUGCUCACCUUGCAGGAUCCGCCAACAUAAACGACCUGUUGGUAAAUAUAAUGAGUAUCGCCAAUGUUCCCAAGUGUUUUGAAGUACAGCAUAAUACAUCAGUGACGGCCCAGUGUGUUAAGGGAUUGAUAGACAAGGUCAGCAACUUCCUGAAAGCCGUACCUGCUCUGCACAAUCACACAGACAUCAUCUGCCUGAUCCCAUUAAUUGUCAAUGAAACUACAUCCGAUGUCAUUCAAGCCAAUUUUAGCUCAAAUGCACACAUGGCUGUAAUACAUGCCCUUAACAACACCUUAAACAAUAUCAAGAUCAACCUCCAGCUGAAUAAUCUGAACACUCCUGAGAUCAUGAAUGAAAUCAGAGUGAUAGAAGGUCUAUUGAAGGUCGCUGCUAAUCCUGACCCCUUGAACCACAUCUUCAAUGCCAUGUCAGUAUCAUACUCCGAGGAAGUUACAAAAAUCUAUUUGCAAGUCAUGCAAUGGUAUUUGCAACGCCUGGAAAACGUGACCAGCAGCAGCGUUGUGUCAGACCUCGUCUAUCCUCUUUUCCGCCUCACACAGUUGCAAGUCACACUGCAACUGGCACAGACAAAUUUGACUUUGUUUAUUAACAACCAGACUGGCCACUUCGUGCACCCAACGGAUGGUGCAGGGGUGAGUAAAAUCGGCCAAGCAACCAUUGAAAUUCUUCAGCAAAUAGUGAAGUAUAUAAUAGUCAACUUUCAAGUUCAGAAUGAGAAUGCUGAAAUCUUAGGUUCGAUGCCCCUGUACAACACAACUGAGCUGCAUGAACUUGAGCAACUGAUUCAAAUCUACCUUGAUAUUAUACACACGUGGAUGAAAGAACCCAAUGUCAAAGCAGUCUUCACCAGUAUGCUCCAGUGGGGAAACUCCCCCCUGAAUGUUUCCACGCCGGUAAAAGACAUUCACCUCCUGUUUCAGACAUUGGCUAACUAUCUCAGUGAUGAUCAACUGGCUUACCUCUCCAUCAUCAGCAAUAUCACCCAGUCUCUGAGCAAAGCUAUCAUGGUCUUAGAGCAACCAGGAAAUGUCCAGUUUGACCACCUAUAUGCAGCCAUCAUGGAAGCAGUUCAAACUUUAAUGAAGAUUCUUUCCCAAACCACGGACCCCCUGCUGCACUCAGUGCAGCAAGACAUUGAAGGGAUUGUGCAUGAUACAUUGGCCCUCUUUGUCCGAACAGACUUGAGUUAUGCCACAUCACUCAACCUCUCACUCCUUAUCAUCAAAAGAGCCGAAAACAUUGUUCAACAUCUGCUGCCAGAUGAGUUUGCGGUCUACCUGCUGUCCAGCCUCAAAGUAGCCACCACUUAUUUUGAGACAGUUGCCUCGACCAGCGGACCUGACAACUGGAAUCACAUCAUUUUGAACCAAAUGAAGACAGUUCAGAGCCUCUUACCACCAAACAGCACAGCUGAGUACUACGUUUCUAUCCUCAUCAACAUCACCCGCAUCAUUUUGGGGUCUAGUCAAGGCAACAAUAACUUUGCAAAUGAAACGCUAGAAAUCAUAAUGGGAAUUUUGGGACAGAUUUGGCAGAUUAUUGCGCAUGACCCAGGUACUCCAUCUUUGGGGGUGUUUACUCAUUUUGCUCGAGUACUUGAACAAAUCGUUACUGGAAAACCAGACAGAGUGACCUGGCAUAAGCUUGAGAAGAUGUUGGAAGCCCUACUGUCUAUUCUCAGUGAAACAGAGAUAUGGGACGAUGUCACAUCUGUUGUCCCCUAUUACAAAAAAACUGUAGCAUUCAUGGUGAACACCACAAAUGCAGAGAACAUGCUGAUAAUAAGCCUUCAAAAGCCUCUGAUAACCCUGAUGACAGAAAUCGCACAGUCUGUGAACUCCAGCCAUUUUAACUUGUCUGAGAUCUUUGGAAGAAUGCAGCCUGCCAUAGAAAAUACGCUGCUGGCCGCUGAACAGGCGAAUGGAACAUUGGAGUGCAGUGAAGCCCUGAAAGCAUGGGAGCCAGUCGCGGCUGCGGCCGGGUUAAACCAAAGUGUCCUGGAAAUGUGGUGUGACGUCAACCUGCAGCCUGUUCUGGAGGCCUAUGCUGCACACUACCAUAUGUACCCCCACCUCAACACAAGUCACACAGAUGUCGCAGAGAUGACUGCUGGCACGGCUGCUUCCUGGAUUGUCAAUGCAACACGUUCUUUGUAUCAAGUCAAGCAGAAUCAAUAUCAUGCCAUGGAGCGGGUCAUCAUGGCUGUCUCCAACCAGCUCAUUGAGCUGCUGGGCCAGCCACUGAGCCCCAGUGCUCAGCUUUCCUUGUUUGAGCAGCUCCAAUACAUGGAGCUGCGAAACAGUUUGUCCUCUAUUCAAAUGCUCUCAGACGAGUUGCAUAAAGUGGCACCCAUGCUUUGGUCAUUCGUGGAUGCUAUGGAGAGAGCGCUAAGCCACAUCCUGAACAACUCUCAUCACCUUCAAGACUCUGACACAUCCCAGGCCGUUUUCAGCGAGGCAGCGAUCAUCCUACUCUCCUGUGCAAACAUCACCUCAGAGGAUGUGCUCUCAUUGAUGGAGGGCGACUUAUCUUGGCUCAGCAAAGAAUAUCACUCUGACAGAAGGAAUGCUCUUCAAACCCUGAUCCAUAAGACGAUAUUUGGGAAUGAAUCAAUGGUUUACGAAGUCCUGGAGCAUUUUCUGGCCUCCGACACCGCAAAAUUACUCAUGCAGAAAGUGGUUGAAAUGUCUGCAUGGUUGGCGUCAACGGAAGCGUCCGGACUAGAGCUGCUCACAGAAGCUCUACCCAAGAUAUCGGAACUCCUAAAGCCUUUAUUAUCCAUCCUGACUCAGAUUGGCGUGGAUAUGCCAGAGAGCACAAAGCUGGUUGAAGAUCUAGCGGAAAACAUCAUUGCAAUGCUGAGGCAGUUGUUAAGCAGUGGUCUUUUCACCCACAUGGACCACCAUCAAGGGGGAGAUGUUCAAGACAGGGGUAGUAGCUACAGACACAGACACAAACGCGAGGCCCCAAUGAUCCCUGUGGACCCUGUUGAUGACUUCCUUGAUUUGUUCGAUAUUGACUUUGCAGCAAUGUUCAGAGCCAUCUCGGCCCCCUUAACCCCAGAAGAAAUGAUGGAGACAGCUCACGUGUUUUUUGCCAAUCCCGAUCUAAACAUUGUGGUAAAGGGAACAACCAGGGACAUGCCCUGGGCUUUGAACGGCUCACGGGAAAGCACCAUCGAUGCUGUCCUCGGUCUCCUCUCGUUCAUCACUCUACCCAAUCAUUCUCAGAUGUCAUAUCUGGAUGUGUUGAGGGAUGCUGUUGCUUUGCUCCCCGAUGGCUUGCCAUUCGCAUCUGUGCUUAAAAAUAUCACCAGAGUGCUUGCCAGUGAAUCUCAAGAGAACCUUUACCACUUACAAGAGACCUUCCAGACAGCUGUGCUGCUUUUUCAGACCAACAUCAGAGAGCCGCUUUUCACAGAACAACUUGAUCUCCUGAGAUCCCAGGUGUGCAGGGUGGAGAGCACUGCGUCUCUAGGUUAUGUCUUGCGAGUCCUCUCAUUAGAGCCUGGUCAGCUCUGUCACACUGUCCUACCUGGCCUGAUAACUCUGCUGCAAGGUCUACUGGUCAACACCACAGACCUGAACGAUGCCCUCUUCCAGACCAUCAUUGGAGACCCAAGCACCUUUGACCAGAGGACAGACUGGUCGGCUGUCAUAAGUCAAAGUUUGGGCUUUAACACCAGCAGCCUGGACUCUCUCGGUAUUAACAUCACAUCUCCAGGAGCGACAACAGUUGGUGAUUUGCUACGUGAUCAACGUGCCUUUGUCCAGGAUGUCCACCGUCACAUGGAUUUCGAUCCAGCUGCUCUCGACAUGCUCAUGGAGACCACCAUGCCGACCAACAAUUUACAGAUUCUUUCCUGGCUGGUGAAACUGCGACACUGCAACUCCCCGGGGCGUCUGAGCAUCUCAGAGCCAGACAUGUUCAAGACCUUCUGCUCCAUGUCCGUCCAAGAGUGGUACACCUUCUCUCUCCUCCUGACCCGCCACCUAAACCUACAGAUGUUCAUCUACAGAAUGGUGUUGUCAGAUGAGGUUCAGACCCUGUUGACACUGAUGCUUCAAAUGGCCAAAAACAUCAUCCACCUGAUGGAGAGUUUCCUCCCUGCCAUUGAUCAGCUGCAAAGCUACAUGCUCUCCAUUGAUAGCCUCAACCUGGUGGCCGAGAAUGAGUUUAACCAAGUUGCUAGAGGCGUGAAGCACAGUCUCUCCGUCAGAGCUACUUUUGUCACAAUCUCUCGGACAAUGUGCAGUAAAGGUGUCAUGGCUCUUUUUGGACUCGCCCAACUUCCCAUCCAUGUGGAGCCCAACCCAUCCUUCCUUGACAGCCAAAAGCGUGAGGAGAUGAUUGACAGGUUCAAGAUUCCACGAAAUGCAACUCCCUUCUGCAUGAACAUGUACCUCGACAUGGUUAGCACCAGAGGGGGAGCCAUUGCGUGGGCCUUCCUUAAACCGAUGCUGAUGGGGAAAAUCCUCUUCACACCCAACACACCCAUUACCAGAGCCAUUAUGGAGAAGGCCAAUGGUACCCUGCAAGAAUUUGCAAAUCUGAAGAGGCACUCAGACGAAUGGAUUCAAUCCUCCGACUACCUCAUUGAUUCUGCCAAAAUACUGAGCCACACUUUGCCAAUGCUAAAGUCUUCCUUGUCGAAUCCCUUCGUGCAAAAUUUCAUAGAAAUGCAGACAGACAUCGACGUCAACAAAAUGAGGAACACGCUCAACAGCUUCUCAAACAUGACACUGAUGCUAGAGAAGAACAAACACAUCAUGGACCAAAUCACCAUCUUGUCCACCCUGCUGGUCAACAUGUCAUCUUGUAUCAAAUUUGAUCGCUACCAAGGCUACGAUUCUGAUGAGCAGCUUGACGCUGAUGCACAAGAGCUCGCCAAGGACCGCAAUCUCUAUGGAAGUGUCAUCUUUAAGCUGCCCAAAGAUGAGGAUUCCUUACCACCCAAAGUCAGCUACACCAUCCGCAUGCAUAUGGACAACGUGAUGCGGACGGACCGCAUCCGCGACCCUUACUUUGUGAAGGACACUUACAUCUCUGCACAGAACACCAUGCGCUACAACCGGGGCUUUGUAUACCUGCAGGAGAACAUUGACCGAGCCAUUAUUGAAUACCAGACUGGGCAGAGAGUCACAGACACAGCUGUGCAGCUACAGCCCUUCCCAUAUCCAUGUUAUCUUCGUGAUGAGUACCUGGAGGCCAUCUCCUUUGUUUUUCCAAUCAUGCUGAUGUUAGCCUGGGUUCUGUUUGUUGCUGACUUUGUGAAGAAAUUAGUCCACGAGAAAGAACUGAGGCUGCAUGAGUACAUGAAGAUGAUGGGGGUCAAUCCACUCAGCCACUUCUUCGCCUGGUUCUUGGAGUGCGCUGCUCAUCUGAUAGUGACCAUCAUCAUCCUCACGCUGGCUCUCAAGUGUGGCGGCAUCCUCUCCCAUAGCGACGGCUUCCUCCUCUUCUUGUAUCUCUUGGACUAUGGGCUGAGCAUCCUGGCCUUCAGUUUCCUGCUCAGCUCCUUCUUUGACAAGACCUACGUCGCUGCUCUGAGCGGCAGCCUCCUUUACAUCCUCUGCUUCUUCCCAUAUAUUGUGGUCAUAGCCAUGGAGACCAGUCUCACCCUUUUCCAGAAGAGCGCUCUGAGCAUGCUGUCUCCAUCCUGCUUCAGUUACGCUAGUCAGUAUAUCUCUCGCUAUGAGUCCCAAGGAGAAGGAAUUCAUUGGAGCAACUCCUAUUCCUCACCCAUAGCUGGAGACACAGCCUCCUUUGGUUGGCUGUGCUGGCUGAUGCUCAUCGACUCCAUCAUCUACUUUGUACUCGGGGCCUACAUCCGCAUGGUCUUUCCAGGCAACUAUGGCAUCCCAGCCCCGUGGUACUUCCCCUUCACAGCCUCCUUUUGGGCUGACCUGUGCUGCUGUGUGAAGAAGCCACAGAAUGGGAGCAGAGGACUUCUGUUCACCAACAUCAUGACUAAAAACCUGCCGGUCUUUGACGACAAGGGGAAAGGCCAGAGCACGCUUUCCUCUCAGGCAGGCGAGGAUUUCUCUCAUCUGCCAGUGGGCGUUGCCCUCCAUGGUCUGACUAAGAUCUAUGGGGACCGAGUAGCCAUUCAAAACCUUAACGUUUCCUUCCACGAGGGUCAUGUCACGUCACUGCUCGGGCACAAUGGCGCCGGGAAGACCACCACCAUGUCACUCCUGACCGGCCUCUUCGCUCCCUCAUCGGGGACCAUUGAGGUGUAUGGUCGAGACAUGCAGACAAACCUGGACAACAUUCGCAAAGAGCUGGGUGUCUGCAUGCAAUAUGACGUUCUCUUUGACCACAUGACCACCAAGGAGCACCUCCUGCUCUAUGGCCAGAUCAAGGCCCCGCACUGGUCAUGUCAGGAAUUGCACGAGCAGGUUCGAACCAUCUUAGAGGAAACAGGCAUGUACGCUCAGAGACACAAGCGGGUGGGCACGCUGUCGGGUGGCAUGAAGCGCAAGUUGUCCAUCUCCAUCGCCUUCAUCGGCGACUCUCGCUUGGUGGUGCUGGACGAACCCACCACAGGCGUUGAUCCAUGCUCAAGGCGGAGUAUCUGGGACAUUGUUAUCCAAAAUAAAAAGCGGCAUACUAUAAUUAUGUCCACCCACCACCUGGAUGAAGCUGAAGUGCUGAGUGACCGCAUAGCCUUCCUAGAGAGAGGAGGGUUAAAAUGCUGUGGUUCGCCUUUCUAUCUGAAAAAGAAGCUGGGCCAAGGCUACAAACUCACUCUCACCAAAAAGAUGAAGACACCUGAGUCUGAGUGCUUUGACGAUGCUGGAGUGAAGGCCUUUAUCCAAGCGCAUGUACCUGACGCACGACUGAAAGAAGCUCAUGGCAGUGACCAGGUCUACAACCUGCCCCCGUUCACGUCCUCAAACGCAUCCUCAUACCGCUCUCUUCUGAUCGCGCUGGAUGCCAACCUUGACGACUUACAACUGGGAGGCUACGGCAUCUCUGACACCACCCUUGAAGAGGUGUUCCUCCAAUUGACUGACGGAAACGAGCAAAAAGGCGUGCCUGAGGACAGACCCUUUUCUAUUUCACAGACGGUGUCAGACACUGAAUCUAUUAAUAGCUUCCCUGCAGAUCCAAGUGAAAGCAUCCCCAGUUCUAGUGACAAAAUUAAGCUGACCACUUCUUCCAAAGCACAAGGUAUGGGCUUGGCAUGGCAGCAGAUCAAAGCCAUACUGAUCAAGAGGUUCCACCAUAGCCGCAGAGACUACAAGGGCCUGAUCUCCCAGAUCCUACUUCCUGUUUUGUUUGUGGUGUUCGCCAUGGGCCUGGGAUCCAUCAACAAUGACCUAAGGCACUACCCGAAGCUGGAGCUUAGCCCUGCACUCUACAACAUCAAACCAAGCUACUCUUUUUUCAGCAAGCAUAAUGAAAGGUCCAGUCCGCUGGUGGACAAGAUGAUGUCAUACCCAGGGAUGGACAACAGCUGCCUUGAUGAGUCUGGCAAUCCGGUUUGCAUGAGACAAACCAGCAGCUGGGAGUCCAGAGGGAAUAGCUCAGAAGAGUUUAGUGACUGCAAAUGUACCCUACAAGAACAGGUUUGCCAUGGGGAAAAAUUCAAUCCACCCAGUCGGCAGACCCCCUCUUCUCAGAUUGUUUACAAUCUAAGUGGAAUCAAUGUGGAGAAUUACCUGGUGGUCACGGCCAAUGACUUCAUUAGGAACAGGUACGGUGGGUUUGAAUUUGGAAUGAAGCUCCCAUCUGACCUACAAAUGGAUCUUAUAGCAAAGUCCACAAACGCCACUUUAUCAAAGGUUUGGUUCAACCCCGAGGGCCACCACACCAUGCCAGCAUAUUUAAACAGCCUCAACAAUUUCAUCCUACGCUCCAACCUUCCAGCAGACAAGGAGCCACAGAAAUAUGCCAUUUCAGUGUCCAGUCAUCCCUACUUUGGCCGGGCAGAAGAGAAGGACUCCAUCAUCCACGGAAUGCUCCAGAUCCUCGUGGCCGUUUGCGUGCUCACAGGAUAUUCCAUCACCACGGCCAGCUUCGCCGUCUACGUCGUCACCGAGCACCACAACGGCUCCAAGAGGAUGCAGCACAUCGCUGGCAUCAGUGAGCCCUUUUACUGGGCCAUCAAUUUCCUUUACGACAUGAUGAUCUACAUGGUUCCUGUCACUUUGACCGUUGCCGUGGUCGCAGCCUUCCAGAUUCCAGCAUUCACAGAACGACUAAAUUUGGCUGCUGUCGCUGUGCUUCUGGUGCUCUUUGGGUUUGCCACCUUCCCCUGGAUGUACCUCCUAUCUGGUGUCUUCAAGGAUGCAGAGAUGGCCUUCAUCAUUUACGUGUGCAUUAACCUUUUCAUCAGCACCAAUACCAUCAUGUCUAGCUCCAUUCUUUACUUCCUUGGUCAGGUUUCAACGCAAAAAUCCGAGAGCAUAAAGGAUACUUUCAGGAUCCUGAGCCAAGUGUUCUUAAUCUUCCCUCAAUUCAACUUUGGAAAUGGACUGAUGCGGCUGGCUAGAAUGAACAUCGAGGUCCAGCUCCUGAUUGGCUAUGGCAUUGACGCCUAUAAGAACCCGUUCUCUAUGGAUGGUCUGGGCUGGAUGAUCAUCUCCUCCAUCACCCAAGGCGUGGUCUUAUUCACAUUGCGCCUCUUGCUUAACAGGUUCCUCAUACGCAAAGUCAGGCAUCUAAUUUUGGGCAGAAAAAAUGUACCCCGGGUGUUUGAGGACGAGGACGAGGACGUAGCGGCUGAGCGCUUGCGAGUGUUUAGUGGAGCAGCAGAUUCGGACAUCCUGCAGGUCAACCAGCUCACUAAGAUCUAUCAACACCUCAACAAGAAGGUCUAUGCAGUCAAGAGGCUCUCUGUGGGAAUUCCUGCUGGAGAGUGCUUCGGUCUGCUGGGAGUGAACGGGGCGGGAAAAACAACCACUUUCAAGAUGCUUACCGGAGAUGUUAGCCCCACUGAUGGCACUGCGCAGAUCAGGGACUGGGAUGGGCGGCUGGUAGACAUUAUGGAGUGCCGGGACAAGGGAAUUAACAUUGGCUACUGUCCCCAGGUGGAUGCGUUGGAUAAUCUGCUCACUGGAGAAGAGCACUUGUAUUUUUACGCUCGUAUUCAAGGAAUCUCAAAGAGUGAGAUAGACAGGGUGGUGCGGUACCUUCUGAAAAAGCUGGAGCUGAACUACCAUCAAAACAUGACGACUGAUGGCUACAGUUGUGGCACCCGUAGGAAGCUCUCCACAGCCAUCGCCCUCAUCGGACAUCCUCAAAUCUUGCUACUGGAUGAGCCGAGCUCCGGCAUGGACCCCCGGACCAAACGGCACUUGUGGAAAAUCAUCUCUGAAGAGGUGAAAGGAAAAUGUGCAGUGGUCCUCACCUCCCACAGCAUGGAGGAAUGCGAGGCGCUGUGUAGCCGUCUGGCCAUCAUGGUGAAAGGUCAGUUCCGCUGCCUGGGCUCCUUGCAGCACAUUAAGAACAGGUUCGGCAGCGGGUUCACUGUGAAGAUGUACUUAGCCGAGGCUGCCGGUGAUGUAGAGACAAUUACUGGCUUCAUGCAGAGACAAUUCCCCAGUACUUAUUUGAAGGACCAGCACUCAUCCAUGGUGGAGUACCAUGUCCCCGUCGCACCAGGAGGGGUGGCUGCCAUCUUCGACAAGCUGGAGUGCAACAAGAGCUCUCUGCACAUCAAACAUUUCUCUGUGAGCCAGACCACUUUGGAUGAGGUCUUCAUCAACUUCGCCAUGGGAAGCAGCCGCAUGGAAUCCAUAGCAGCUGACAAUGACUUGGACUCCAUAAAAGACGUAGAGGCUUAGAUCUGACUGCUAUUAUGUCUGCAGUGAAAUGAGAACACUAUCUCUUUAUCCCACAUCUGUCCUAAAUAGAUACUAUAGAAGACGAUUAGAGUGCAAAUCUUUCACGUUUGACAAUCAUAAUUAAUCCUAAGAGCCAAUCCUAAACCCUCCAAAAUCCCAUUGCAUUGAGCACAUUUCCAUACAUAUACAGAUUCAUAUUUAUUCACGUUUACUUACUUCAGAUCAAUUUACUUCACUAGAAAGUUUACCUUAUCCAAACAUCUUGAUUUUUUUUUUAUGCUAAGAAUGCCUUUAACAAAAUUGGCUGAAUUCUGUUAUCAUUCCGUUUAUAAUCAAAAGAUACAACAUUGUCGGUGCACCCUGCACCUUGUUCUACUCCAGUAAUUACCUGUACAAUGUGUCUAUGUCUUACUUGUAGAAAAUUUUGCUGCUUAUGGACCAUUUUGUGAUGGUCUUGAAUGUAUGCCGUCAUGCCUUUUAUAAUGCAAAUAAAAACAUUUUUCAACUGCAUUUUCUUUGUAUGUAUUCA